AUGUCUACAACCGUAGUUCUCGGUUCGCAGUUUGGCGACGAGGGCAAGGGCAAGCUCGUCGACCUCCUGUCUGAGAAGUUCAAGAUCACCGCUCGCUCUGCCGGUGGCCACAAUGCUGGUCACACCAUCGUCGUCAAUGGUGUCACCUACGACUUCCACAUUCUCCCUUCCGGCCUGGUCAACCCCGAGACCGUCAACCUUGUUGGUUCCGGAACUGUCGUCAGCGUGCCUCAGUUCUUCCACGAGCUUGAGCAGCUCGAGAAGCAUAACCUUGACUACAAGGACCGCAUCUUCAUCAGCGACCGCGCUCACGCCCUGUUCGAACUGCACUCGCUUGUCGAUGGUCUCGAGGAGGUUGAGCUCGGCAAGGACGCCGUCGGCACCACCAAGAAGGGUAUCGGCCCGUGCUACCAGACCAAGGCCGCUCGUACCGGUAUCAGAAUUGGCGAGAUCUUCGACAAGGAGCACAUGGACCACAAGCUGAGAACAUUGGCCUCCGCCUUCAAGAAGCGCUACGGCGACCUGUUGAAAUACGACGUUGAGGCUGAGAUCAAGAGAUACGACGAAUGGCGUCCUCGUCUUGCCGAGUAUGUCAUUGACCAGGUCCCAAUGAUCCAGCAGGCUGAGGCUACAAACACCCCCAUGCUUGUUGAGGGUGCCAACGCUCUGCUCCUUGAUAUUGACUGGGGAACCUACCCCAUGGUCACCUCCUCAAACACUGGUAUCGGUGGUGUCUUCACUGGUCUUGCCCUCUCUCCCUUCAAGUUGAAGGAGGUUAUUGGUGUUGUAAAGGCAUACCAGACCAGAGUUGGUGGUGGUCCUUUCCCCACUGAGCAGAUCAACGAGAUCGGUGAGAAGCUCCAGACUAUCGGCCGUGAGGUCGGUGUCACCACUGGCCGUCGCCGUCGCUGCGGUUGGCUCGACCUGGUUCUCCUCAAGUACUCGGCUGCCAUUAACCACUACACCUCGUUCAACCUGACAAAGCUGGACAUCCUUGACGACUUUGACGAGAUCAAGGUUGCUGUUGGCUACAAGGUUGACGGCAAGGAGGUUCCUUCUUUCCCUGGCACUAUUGACGCUCUCUCCAAGGUCGAGCCCAUCUACGAGACUCUGCCUGGUUGGAAGACCGACAGUACAAACAUCACCUCAUAUGAAGCUCUUCCCGAGAACGCCAGAAAGUACAUUGAGUUCAUCGAAAAGUACACUGGCGUUGGCGUCAAAUGGAUCGGCACUGGUCCCGCCAGAGAGGCCAUGAUCUUCCGAUAG